CGCAGUGUGAAACGCGUUUGUAAGAUGGCGGUGUGAGCGCGCGGCCUGCUCCUGUAUGCGCGAGAUUCCCGCGGUCAUCAUUCAAACACUUGAUACUGUGUGUGUGGCGCGAACGGUUGGCGAGAGACUGUGUGAGCUGAGCUGUGAUGGCCAAGCGGAUAGCGGAAAAAGAGUUGACGGACAGGAACUGGGAUCAGGAAGAUGAAGGAGAGGAGGCAGGAACAUUUUCAAUUGCGAGUGAAGAUGUGAUGAAGAAUCGCGCCAUCAAGAAAGCCAAGCGUCGUAACGUAGGAGCAGAGGGAGAGAGUGGAGGGGCUUUCAAAGCAUUUAAGGGGUUCUCUCUGACCCCUAACACAGGGACGGCAUCAUUCUCUGGCUUUGGUAAUGGUGCUGGUUUCAAACCUCUGUCCAGCCUGACCAAUGGCAGCGUAGCACCGGUGGCCCCAUCCUUUGCUGGUUUUAAUGUUCCCACGUCAGCUAAAACUAACAGUGCUCCCUUAACGUUUAACAGCUCCACCCCAUCCAAACCCACAGAUGAUGUCACCUCUAAUGGCUCCGCCCCCAGCUGUAAAGAGUACAACCGGCAGCUCACCGCACUAAACUGCUCUGUGCGAGACUGGAUCACCAAGCAUGUCAAUGACAACCCCCUGUGCGACCUCAACCCCAUCUUCCGUGACUACGAGCGACACCUGGCCAGCAUUGAAAAGAAAUAUGGCAGCGGCGCGUCAGACAGUGGGGCGGAGAGCGCAUCAUUUGGAGGAGAGCAGAAGCAGCUUCUGAAGAGCGGAACAACAGCUUCUGUUUCCGGCACGAGUGCUACUGUGACCGCGUCAGUCACCAGUGCAGCGCCACAGCUCUUCUCAUUUAAAGACAAGGAUGCUCCUACAGCAGACAAACCAGCAGCGGUGGCUCCUCCAGGCGUCUCCUUUAAUUUCGGCCAGAAGGUGGACAGCUCUGUGCUUGGUGCACUUACGUCCAGCGGAGCACCGUCUUUCUCGUUUUCUUCCUCUUCCUCCUCUUCAGGCGUGUCUUUGUUUGGAUCAGCAGUCAGUAGUAUCAGUCCUGCGGUGCCAUCCUCUCUGAAUGCAGCCAGCAACAGCCAGUCUGCAGAUGAAAAUGGGGAGGAAUCAGACGAGCCGCCCAUUCCUGUGGUGAAAGAGAUCAAGGAAAAAGACGCCUUCUAUUCCAAAAAGUGCAAGUUGUUUUAUAAGAAGGACGGAGAGUUUAAGGAGAAGGGGGUCGGAACACUGCAUCUGAAGAUGGUGGCUGAGAGCAAACUUCAGCUUUUAGUGCGAGCCGACACCAACCUGGGGAACAUCUUGCUGAACAUCAUGGUGCCCUCUUCCAUGCCCUGCUCACGAACUGGCAAAAACAACGUGAUGGUGGUGUGCGUGCCAAAUCCUCCUGUGGAUGACAAGAACCCCAGCACACCCGUCCCAGUGCUCAUACGUGUGAAAACGGCAGAGGAUGCAGACGAGCUGCAUCGAAUCCUGCAAGAGAAAAAAGCCUAAAGCAGCAUCCACCCCCACUCAUAUGUGUUUGACUGAAUGUGGCUCGUACGACCCCAUUUACACGACACACACAUUUACUCUGUCUGUCUGAUCUAGAACUGUUCGUUUGCGUCCAGUUAAUCGUCUAGAAGAAUGACGGAAACCGAUCGGUUCACCUACUGUGAAAUCACUCGUGGUCCUACUGUAAAUGCUGCUCAUUGUAUCAGAGAUGGUUGAGAAAAGUCGAUCAAUAAUGAUGACGGCCACAUUUGUUAUAGCAAAGACACGAGUCUGGAUUCAUCGACAUUCCUUUGCUUUUUAAUUUAGCUGCUAUUUAAGGAAUUCUUCGAGGUUUAGAUGGAGCUGACUGUUUUACAAGAAUCGUUUUGUUAAUUUGUUUUUAAUUCUGUGACUCGAUUUUCAAAGGCAAGUGUGGAGAAGAUCAGUUCUGUACAGUUUUCCGUGCUUGCGGGAGGAAUUGUUUAGAGGUCAGUAUUACAUUGAAGAUCUUGAAAUAUUGAUUUGCUUCUAACUUUUUUUUUUUUGAGAACAAAAUAGGCAUCAGCACAUUUCCACUGCUCUAAUCAAAAGUAAUUCCCCACAGUUCUUCAUAUGAGGAAGUGAUCAGAUAGACCUAGUUAUUUUUUAUAUAUAUAUAUAUCUCAUUUUUUCACAGUACUUUCUGUGAUGGUAUUUAUUUGGGAUUAUGGCAUGUGUGGAUGUUGUGUUCUGUACAUUGAAUGAUCUGAUGUAUGUAAACCACAGAACUGCUGAGGUUGAGAAUGAAUGCUUAAUGGCAAUCUGUCUUGAAGAUGAUCUCUGGAUGUUUUUUUUUUCUUUCCCCUGUAAGUGGCCUUUUUACUGCCUCACACGAUGAGGUAUGUGUUUUACGUGUUGAGCAGCACUAGAUCUACCUUGCAUUCAUUUACUGGUGAAUAAAUCAAAUGAACCUGA